AUGGGCACGUGGACGUCAAAUAAUCACCACGAUGGGCACGACGACGGCAUGGAAGAUGGCAAGUGCUCUCAUGGCUGGGGCAUGAAGCGACCAAGUGUGUUUGAGCUCCUCGACAAUAAUGGACAUUCCGACAUGACCAUGGCGCUCAUGAAAUGCAUGGCCACCAAAAAUGGGAUGGUGAAGGCGGACGGAUCUUUCGAUAUUGAGAGCUACAAAUCCCAGCUUCUGUCCAAAGUUGCAGGCUCCAACAUGGAAGUCAACACCAAGAAAGGACUGGAUUCCUGCCCGACCGAUGCUCUGGUCAAGUACAAUGUAAGGAAAAUUUGUUUUUAUGUCAUAUAUUUCGAAACUUUUUCAACUUCAUCAACAUUGAACAUGUUGCGGUCAGGCGGGUCAGCCUUCGCCCUGCUAUGCAUGGCCGCGUUAGCUCUCGCUCUCCCAGGUCCUACGGGGUACAUGAUGACUUCUGAAGGCCGUAGUUGCUACAUGGCCCUGAAGACCAGCAAAGAUAAAGUCCACAUGAGCGCCAUGAUGGACGCCGACAUCGCAGAAUAA